CGGAGGGGAGGGGACGGCGACGGACUGAAGCGGCUGAGGCAACGCCCACGGAGGUCUCCCGUCGAUCUCCGCUACGGAGGGCAGCGCGGGGUGUGGAGAGGACGGCGGAGGCGCCCGGCGUCCACGGAGGUCUGUCCCUUCGAUCUCCGCAACGAAGGGCAGCGCGGGGUGGAGGGGACGGCGGAGGCGCCCGGCGUCCACGGAGGUCUCUCCCGUCGAUCUCCGCGACGGAGGGCAGCGCGGGGUGGAGGGGACGGCGGAGGCUCCCGGCUAUGGGAGGAGCGGCGGUGCGGGGUACCGGAAGUUGCCGUACCCCCGAGGCCUGGGCAGGUUGGCAGGGAGGAGGCCUACUCCUCGUAUCUUGCCAAGGCGUCAGCCAUGCCCCCUCGUCCUCGCACAUCGGGGGUUGCUGGUGCUUCUGCGUUAGCCUGCCAUCUCGGCGUUGGUCGAGGCCAGCGUGGGGAGGAGCGGCGGCUUCGGCGGUCGAGGCCAGCGAGGGGAGGAGCGGCGGCUGUGACGUUGGACAUGACCAUCGAGGGGAUGAGCGGUGGCGACGAUUUUUGGGUUUCGGCUACCAUAUCCUGUAAGGACCGCGAGUUUUCUCGUAUUCCUAGAGGAUACUAUGAAUUACCCGGCGAGACGAUAAUUACUGAACCUGCCACCAAAGUGGAGUGGUCAGAAUUGCAAGGCGCUCUGUGUGUACAUGCUUAUGGUAUAAAUUCUGAAUUGUACCACAUCAAGCCUGGGUGUGUACCACCGGAAGGAUUGGUCCUCCUCUUAAAUCAAGAGGAUGUAGAUGAAAUGGUGAGAGCCCAUCAAGAUACAAAAAAGUGUGAUUUGUACAUUGUGGCAAAUCAUCAUUUUCGAGGUGAUGGUUACGAUGAGAGUGACGAGGAUGGUGAUGAUGGGUCGAAUAAUGAAGCACCUUUUGGUGCCUGCCUCGAUGUUGGUCAGAGUGGAAAGGAUGAAGAUAGAUCAUCGCCAUGAACGAAUAUUAUGUGUGCUUUUCAUUUAAAAUGAUGAAGCUCCUUUUGGGUCGAAUUAUAGUGUGCUUACCAUGAACGAAUACCGGUUGUCGUUGAUGAUUAUGUGUUUUUUAAAUUAUGAUAUUUCGGUUCUAGAUUAGAAAUGAAUUAUUUUUGUAAUGUCCAAAAGUCUUUUUGGCUUU